AUGAUUCGUGCUGUUGACUCUGCGGAUGAGGAAGAGGAGCAGGCGGAAGAGGAUUGUCCUGAAUUGGUCCCCAUUGAGGCGAAGCAAAGAGAGGUGAAGGAGGAGGAGGAAAAGUCUGGCCCCGGCGCUAAGAUCCCAGUCACAAUUAUCACCGGGUAUUUAGGUGCCGGGAAGACAACACUUCUUAACUAUAUUUUGACGGAGCAACAUAGUAAAAGAAUAGCAGUGAUUUUAAAUGAAUUUGGGGAAGGAAGUGCAGUGGAGAAAUCCUUAGCUGUCAGCCAAGGUGGAGAACUCUAUGAAGAAUGGCUGGAACUUAGAAACGGUUGCCUCUGCUGUUCUGUAAAGGACAAUGGCCUUAGAGCUAUUGAGAAUUUGAUGGAGAAGAAAGGGAAAUUUGAUUACAUACUGUUAGAGACCACUGGAUUAGCAGAUCCUGGUGCUGUAGCUUCUAUGUUUUGGGUUGAUGCUGAAUUGGGGGUUGAUAUUUAUCUUGAUGGUAUCAUAACUGUUGUGGAUUCAAAAUAUGGAUUAAAACAUUUAGCAGAAGAAAAACCUGAUGGACUUAUCAAUGAAGCUUCUAGGCAAGUUGCUUUGGCAGAUAUAAUCAUCCUCAAUAAAACAGACUUGGUUUCAGAAGAGGAUUUAAACAAGUUAAGAACAACUAUUAGAUCAAUAAAUGGACUGGGAAAAAUUUUAGAAACACAGAGAUCAAGAGUUGACCUUGCAAAAGUAUUAGAUCUUCAUGCCUUUGACAGUCUCUCUGGAAUAAGUUUGCAGAAAAAACUUCAACAUGUGCCAACAACACAACCUCAUCUUGAUCAGAGUAUUAUUACAGUCACAUUUGAAGUACCAGGAAAUGCAGAGGAAGAAAGUCUAAAUGUGUAUAUUCAGAAUCUUCUGUGGGAAAAGAAUGUGAGGAACAGGGAUGACGACUGCAUGGAGGUCAUACGACUGAAGAUUGUGGCUGUUUUGUUAUUCUCCUCUGAGCAGGGGCUAGUGUCAAUCAAAGACAAACCGCAACAAGUGAUUGUCCAGGGUGUCCAUGAACUGUAUGAUCUGGAGGAGACACCAGUGAACUGGGAAGAUGACAGUGAGAGAACAAAUCGAUUGGUCCUUAUUGGCAGGAAUUUAGAUAAGGACAUUCUUAAACAACUAUUUAUAGCUACUGUGACUGAAACAGAAAAGCGAUGGACAACACAUUUCCAAGAGGAUCAAGUUUGUCCAUAACACUAGAAGCAUCACCAAAAGGACUGGAUAAUAAAAGUGAGAAUAAGUUUCCUGUUGGAUGUAUUUCAGGCAUCUAUUUUUUGCGUUACUCUUCUUAUGAAUUACGGUGUAUCCUUUAAAAUA